UGACUGUUCAAGUGCUCUCGGCUAAUAUGUUCUCGUGUUGUUUGCUUGGCCAAUGUUGUUUGAUUGACGUAUCAACUAUCAAGAAUUCAAGAUAACAUGUCAGUGGAGGUUGAGGGAUGUGAGAAGAUGACUCCAAUCACAGAAUUGGAAUUGUGGGGCGAUAAAAAUGAAGAAGAGCCAUCCCCUACCAUGAGUGCGACAAACAAGAUAUGGAUUGUCUUGAUGAGAAAAUUAUCAAUGAUAAAUAGAGUUGACAAGUUGAAGCGGAAUGAAUCAAUGAAUACAUGUGGAUUCUGGGUUACGAGGGACUGCAGGUCAUUAAUCCAGAAGGAGGCACACAAGAUGCAGAAGAGGAAGCGGCAAAAGGGAGGUGGAAACAGGAAGAUCGAGAUAGUUACUGGAAGAUGAUGCAGAAGUAUAUUGGUUCAGAUGUCACAUCGAUGGUGACACUUCCUGUUCUCAUAUUUGAGCCCAUGACCAUGUUGCAGAGAAUGGCCGAGAUCACGGAGUACUCUCACCUUUUAGAUCGGGCUGAUGAAUGUGAGGAUCCCUACAUGCGAAUGGUAUAUGUGGUGUCAUGGUUCAUAUCCAUCUAUUAUGCGCUUCAAAGGCCCUGGAAGCCAUUUAAUCCUAUUCUUGGUGAGACUUAUGAAAUGACAAAUCAUGAUGGCAUCACUUUUAUAGCAGAGCAGGUCAGUCAUCACCCUCCAAUGAGUGCUGCACAUGCCGAAAAUGAACAUUUUAUAUAUGAUAUAACUUCAAAAGUGAAAACCAAGUUUUUGGGGAACUCAAUUGACAUUUAUCCACUUGGAAGGUCUCGUGUGACCCUCAAGAAAGAUGGAGCUGUUUUUGAAUUGGUCCCUCCGCCCACAAAAGUCAACAAUCUAAUAUUUGGACGUACUUGGAUCGAUUCUUCAGGGGAAAUGGUCAUGACAAACUUGACAACUGGGGAAAAAGUUGUGCUAUAUUUUCAACCAUGCGGCUGGUUUGGGGCUGGUCGCUAUGAAGUCGAUGGCUAUGUGUAUGAUGCUGCUGAGGAGCCCAAGAUAUUGAUGACAGGGAAGUGGAAUGAGUACAUGAGCUACCAACCCUGCGACAAAGAAGGGGAACCACUGCCAGGCUCUGAACUAAAGGAGGCCUGGAGAGUUGCUGAGGCUCCGAAAAAUGACAAGUAUCAGUACACAUACUUCGGACACAAGAUAAACAGUUUCAAUACUGCUCCCAAAAAAGUUCUGGCUUCUGACUCUCGUUUACGUCCCGAUAGAUAUGCACUUGAGCAGGGUGACCUCCCUAAAGCUGGUGCUGAAAAGAGCAGUUUGGAGGAAAGGCAAAGAGAAGAGAAAAAGAACCGAGAAAUGAAAGGUCAUAAAUUCACUCCAAGGUGGUUUGAUCUGACUGACGAAAUUAGUCCCACACCUUGGGGCGAUUUGGAAGUGUACCGCUACAAUGGAAAGUAUACUGAACAUCGGGCUGUUGUAGAUAGUCUAGACGCCAUCGAAGAGCUUGACAUUGGAUCAACCGAGUUCAACCCCUGGCAGUACGAGGCAACUUCUGCUGAAUAAGUUAUCUAGUGCAAAUUCUACUUCUUGAAUUUUUUUUUUUUACCUCCUUUCUUUUACAUAGUGGCCAAUGUAUAUCAUACUAGAUCGUCUUGAAUGCGAUUAGCAUGUCAUUCGCCCCUUCUUU